GAGAAAAGGAUUUCCAAAGGUUGAUGAUUAUAUUGAUUGCAUAAAACAUUUAAACAUCAACUUUGGACCUUGGAGGAAAAAAUGUCAAGGUGUCGUCUAUUACGAACAUGUGGAAAUUCAUUCUUAGCAAUAGCUCAAAUUAUCUGCAAAAGAAUGCAAGAGCUAAAGGCGCCAAUAGGACCACUGUCAAAGAAAAUUAUAUCUUUAUCAACUUGUGCACUUCCCUUCAAAUAUGGCUUCCAAAUCCAAUGGCUAUCAAUUCUCUUGUAUAUAGCAGAUGAAUGUAUCCUGAAAUCCGAGACGAUAACCGAAACGGCUUUUCCUCGACUAACACCUAUAUUCGACAAGAUUCACGAACUCGCCAAUGUGGUCGACCGCCUUCCGAUAGUGUUCGAAGCGACAUUAUUAAAUAAGUUCCCGGUACUAAUGCACCGGGUGCCAUUUCUUGAUUGGGCAUUAGUCCAUUUGAUAGCAUGGCUAAGUUUUCUGGUUUCAGCACUCACUCAUUGGGGUUCUAAAAACAUGAAAGAAAAAGAGAUAACCGUUGACACGGGUUGUAAUGACCAUAACCAUGUCAGACGCACUAAGAAAACCGAGAUUAGCGCGACUGAGAAUGCAUCAUUCCAAACACAUGUUUCACCAUUUCCCGCUCUCCAAUGCACAAAAGGCAAACGGGGACCGGUAAUGGUGUCAAGUCCACAGAGUUCAUCCCCAUCGGACAGUACUAAAAUGGAUUGUACAGAUAUGUCUAGUAUGAAUGGAUCUGUAGGAAAGUGCAGCUACAAGGAAGUUCUCACUAAAGGGGUGAAAGAUGGAGACAGUGAAGUCUUUAAUAAUGCUAAAGUAAAGAAACAUGGAAUCAUUCCUUUGGACAAUUAUCUUAAAACCAUGAGCUAUGAAGAAGAAGAAGACAAGAGAGAAGGACUACAUAUACCCAGUGAUCAAGAUAGUGUCCAUAGAAACAAGAAAGGGAAGGUGGAGAAAGAUGAAAUCUUGCAACUGUUUGAUACUAGCUGGAGUCUAUGUUGAUCUAAAGGGAUUUUGCCUAUGCCAAAGUGUCACAUAGUGUGUGUAAAUUAAUAGAUUAGAUAAUGUAACAUUAUCUAGUUUUGUAAUUAUAGGACAGCUUAUGUAUUUAAGCUAUUGACAUUAAAAUUAACUAUCAAGUCAUGAUCUUGAUAUUUUAGAAUGUAAUCACAAGUUUUAAUAUCAGCUCCCACUUCAAUGCAAUGUAUGUGAAACAAUACAAUUCUUUU